UAAACAUAAACACCUCACCAACUAGUCAGGCAAAGAAGUGGUAGAGCAUAAAACUUUUGUUUGUUUGUUCCAUCGCUAUUGUGAAAGAGAGAAGGGAGAGCAAAAAGGUUGAUGGCAUGCAUUAAUAUGUUCAACUCCGAGCACCAGGGUUUGUGCGGGGUGCCGGCGGCUCCGCCGAUGAGCCCUCGCAUCUCCUUCUCCAACGACUUCGUCGGGGAUCCUCCGCUUGCCCCACGCGGUCCUCCACCGCCGUCUGAUCCCAACUUCGAGUUCUCCGUGGGCAGCCACCACAUGAUCGCGGCCGACCAGAUCUUCUUCAAGGGGCGGCUCCUCCCCCUCAAGGAGAACCAGCAGUAUUGCACCGGCCCCCAGCGGCUGACCACACUCCGCGACGAGCUUCGUGCCCAUGACGACGGCGAUGGCCGGCCGCCCAAGGGUUCCAUCAGGUGGAAGGAGCUACUCGGGCUCAGGAAGGCGCACUGCCCCACGGGCAAAAAGAAUGAUAAGAACGAUGGAGCAAUGGAGGCUGCAGAGGUGCAUCUUGGCAAGUCUGCGCAGGAGCUAUGAGGCAAUAUGGAAGAAUGCAAGUUUAAAGACAUCGGUGGUAACAGUACAUGAUACAUGCAUGAAGUAACAAAGCAAGCAGUAGUGGUGGUAGCAGCUCUUGUUCUUUCUCUUUUUUUGUUUGUUUUUUAAUCUUCUCCUUGUUGAUGUUGCCGUUGUAGUUGGGGGAAGAGAGGUCGGUGGCUGUGCAGGGAUAGCGCUUGAAAGGGGCCACUCCUUUUGUUUUUGCUAGUCUGGGAGUGGGGGAAUUGGAUGAAGGGGAUGUGCAUUGUAUGAGAGGGGUUGGUUGUGUGAUAUUAACCCUCAUUGAUCCGUCUGUUGAGAUGACUUAAUUGUAUUUUUCCAACAGGGUGUUGUUUAGCUGUCUCCUGCUUUUCCCUUUUUGUACAAAUGUUUGUAGUUGAAAAUUUAAUGGUGUGAUGAUUCUGAUUUCGGAUCUGUGGA